AGAUGAAAGGUGGCGGUGGAAUAGGGGAUGGCAAAAAGGACUAUCAAUCAGCUGUUCAUGAAGGAUUAACAACAUUCGAUCAAUUGGGAAUUGCACUUGAAGAUGUCGGUAAAUCAAUGGACGCAGAAACAGCUACACCAGGAGGAAGUUUAUUUUCCAGAGUUAUUUUUCGUUUCAGGAACGAAAAUUCUUCACUAAAAUCGAGGACGUACGACCAUUCAAACGAUCUUGUGAACAUGUCGGUGAUUCCUGCCGAAUCGAGUUAUGUACUCUUUUUCCAAGUUCUCUUUCCGUUUGCCGUCGCUGGUCUUGGAAUGGUAUUUGCUGGAUUGGUUCUCUCAAUAGUAGUCACAUGGCCUUUGUUCGAAGAAAUCCCUGAAAUUCUGAUUCUAGUUCCAGCACUGCUUGGGCUUAAAGGAAAUCUGGAAAUGACACUAGCCAGUCGACUCUCAACACUUGCUAACCUUGGUCAUAUGGAUUCUUCAAAACAACGAAAAGAUGUAGUCAUCGCCAACUUGGCACUUGUGCAAGUUCAGGCUACUGUCGUCGCUUUCCUCGCUUCUGCUUUUGCCGCUGCUCUCGCUUUCAUUCCUUCUGGGGAUUUCGAUUGGGCUCAUGGUGCAUUGAUGUGUGCAAGCAGCCUAGCUACAGCAUGUAGUGCAUCCCUCGUACUAUCACUGUUAAUGGUGGUUGUCAUUGUGACAUCUCGAAAAUACAACAUCAAUCCCGAUAAUGUGGCCACACCAAUUGCUGCAUCACUUGGAGAUCUGACGACACUCACUGUACUGGCUUUCUUCGGAUCCGUGUUCCUCAAAGCUCAUAAUACUGAAUCUUGGCUCAAUGUUAUCGUGAUUGUAUUAUUCCUUCUUCUCCUUCCUUUCUGGAUAAAAAUUGCCAACGAGAAUGAAGGAACACAGGAGACUCUCUACAAUGGAUGGACACCAGUCAUCAUGUCAAUGCUUAUCAGUAGUGCUGGAGGAUUUAUAUUAGAAACCGCAGUCCGAAGAUAUCAUAGCUUGAGUACAUACGGUCCAGUAUUGAAUGGUGUUGGAGGGAAUUUGGCUGCUGUUCAAGCCAGCAGACUCUCUACUUAUUUCCAUAAAGCCGGCACAGUUGGAGUUCUUCCGAAUGAAUGGACUGUCAGUCGAUUUACCAGUGUUCAGCGUGCAUUCUUCUCAAAAGAAUGGGAUUCUCGAUCGGCUCGAGUUCUUUUGUUACUCGUUGUUCCUGGUCAUAUUUGCUUCAAUUUCCUUAUCCAGUUAUUCACUUUGACUUCAAAGAAUAAUGUGACACCCCAUGGACCACUUUUCACCAGUCUUUAUAUGAUUGCGGCAAUCAUUCAGGUUGUCAUACUUCUAUUCGUUUGUCAACUUCUCGUCGCUCUUCUUUGGAAAUGGAAAAUUGACCCAGAUAAUUCUGUGAUUCCAUAUCUUACAGCUCUUGGAGAUCUCCUAGGAACCGGACUCCUAUUCAUAGUAUUCCUCACUACUGACCAUUUUGAUCCAAAGGAACUCACUUCGUCAUAAUUUUAAAACGUUCAAACUUUUACCACAUUGUAUAACUGCAUCCCCGUUAUUAUAGAUUGGUUCUCAUCCCCCAUCUGCAUGUAAAACAGUAUUUCGCUAACCUAAUUUUUCAUUUUCACAACUAACGCACUUUCAUCAGAACUCUAGUCAAACCCGAUGAGUUGAUUGAUAUCCAUUUGCCGUCAAGCGCAUAAUUUUCUGUACAUUGUGAUCCAUUUUUCUCUCUAGCUAUUUUUGGUCAUAUCUAAUAGACAUUUUGCAUUUUCCGCUAGUCACUAUGUAUUUUUUGGGAAUAAAUAAGUUAAUUUG